UGUCAGCACCGCCAAUAUUCACUUUUCGGCAUCUCAAACCGCCGUUCCGUCUCUUACCAACAAUCUUGCAGCACUACACAGCUAUUUUAAAAACCCCUCCCUAUACCAAGUAGCAAAACUUCCCACCGCCUCAAACCACGCAUCACCAUGCGGCCCUCCCACCUCCCACGGUCCGCGACUUCCCCCGAUCUCUCAUCUCCUCCUUUUGAUCCCACUACCAACGAAGCGCACGAAAAUACACUAAAUAGAGAUGGAGCCAUAAGUCGCGUAGAUCGAUAUUCACGAAUCUUACCAGCUGCCCCAACAAAUCCACCACCUCCUCCUCCAACAAUUGCUAGCUCCUCUCGUCCCAGUGGUCUACGCCACGUAAUACUUGCUUCCGAAAUUAAAGCUACUAUGCAAAAUACCAUGGAUUCCUCCUCGAGCACCUCUUUUCUUACCCCAACAACAUCUCAUCCUCUUGAAACAUCACGAAAACAUCGCUUUCGCCUCAAUACCGCGCGUCAGGGAAUGCAAAAAGCUUUUUCUAGUAUGCGUACGCAUGCUUCUCCUUCCAAUAUUGGUGGACUUUCUUUACGCAAAAAGAGUCCAGGUUCAGGUUCUGGUUCUGGAGUUUCUGCUAAGGUGAUGCUUAGAGACUCUGUAGACUCUGCAGCGAGCUCUGGAUCUGUGGAUAAGAUAUUAAUCGGUGCGCCUACUGGAAUGAUUAAAAAGACGCCUGAGGAGAUACAGGAGAUUUUGAGACAAUUGGGUGGUAAUGGUAAGGAUUUUCGUUCUAGUGACGGGAGUUGUGGAAGUUUUGAUGAACAUGGUGGUGCUGGGCGGAAUGUUGGGAUCGUUGGGAGAGGAAAUAGGAUAGGAGAGGAAGGGCGAAAAAUAAGAUUACAAAAGGGGAAAAGAAGUGCUAGAGCUUAUUCUACCACUUCUCAAUCAACUUCUAAUUCUAGAUCGACAUUUCUUUCAAAUAGUAUUCUUCCCUAUCCGAAAAUAUCAACAUCGAUCUCAACAUCAAGAUCAACCCACACACCUCAUGAUCAGCCCAAAUUAACCGCAAAACAACGCGGUAAACUACCCGCUCGAUCUCCCUCACCCUCUCCUUCUCCACAAAUUUCACUACCGAUUCCUUCUCUAGAACUAGAACAAGAAAAAAAACCCCUAGGAUGGUACACCACAGCCACCCUCGACGAAAUCCGCACUACGCUUCCUUCUAUCAAAAAAGAAGAUUUGAUACCCGAUGAAGAAAUACCAGAAUUUGUAGAGGGAUUAAUGAGAGAUUUGGAGGUAUUGAAGUGGGUUAGUGGGUGGAGGAGUGAGCAGUUGGAUGAGGAGAUUGAGGAGGUGAGGAGGAUGGGUGGGAGGGGUGGAGAGGAGGAUGGAAUGGAUGAGGAUGAAGAUGAAAAUGAUGAGGAGGAAGAAGAAGAAGAGGAAGAAGAAGAAGAAGAAGAAUACACCUGGCCCCAAACCAGCAAAAUAAACCCCCGCUUCAUAGACAGCGGCUGGUGUCAGGAAGAAAUCAGCAGUUCUGGGGUUGGAGCCCGCUGGUUUGUAUUUGAUGAUGUGGAGAAUAUACUUGGAGGACCGAAAUGUCCGAUUACAUAUUCGGCUGAUGAUGUUGAAGAUGAUGAAGUUGAGAAUCAGGAUGAACAUGAACAUGAGCAGAUCACAGAGACGCAGGAUAUGAUUGAGAAAACCCAACAAAUCACCACGGGAGAUGAUCGAUAUAAAAUUGAAGAGGAUUUCGCAGCAGAAGAAGAAUUUGAUGAGGAUGCGAGACAGAUUACUCGAGAGGAGAUUCUGAGAGGGGAGUUUAAGUUUACGCAGGUUGAGAUUUUGGAGAGGGAGGGAAUGAUGUGAGGGUUUUCUUCUGUUCUUUCUGUAUUUUUUUGUUUGGUAAUGGUCUCUUUGAUUAUGGUUCUUUUCUUGAUCUUUGGUGCUUGGUUUGGGGUUGGGUAUGUGGUUUUCGGUUGAGUUCUUUGAUACCCGGGGUAAUUUGCGUGAGGUUAAUUUCUUAAGGUAAUUUGGCAUUGGAAGGUUUAUGGAUGGCCUACAAGAAGGGUGGUAUGAUAUAACUCAUUAUACACUCAUUGAAAAGAGAAUCUUCAUUCUUUUUCUUUUCUCCUAUCUCCUUCCUUCUCCAUUCCCCAUCGAUAUCUCUCCCCCAAAAGAUCAGCACUUCAAUGCAUAGGAAUCCGAACAUCCACAAAAAGCCCGUCACGCAAAUCCGUCAGUAUACUCACUACUCACUCAACAACCUCUCUAGCUAACCAUUUCUCUCGAAUUUCAAGACAAACUCUUUGACUAUUUAUGAUUCAUUACCCACCAUAGAGAAGCAAAUUCAUCCUCGAUUCUUUGUAAAAUAUAUUCGUAUUCUAUAAAAGUGUUAGUGAUACUCAAGUGUAUAUCGAAUCUUCCAUAACCUACAGUUUCUAUAUCUGUCCAGAAGAAGGAGAAGAGGGAGGACAAAAAGGAUAAGAGGAAGGAUAGAAAGUGCCAGAGCAAAAUAAAUGUAUCGUUAGUAU